GACAGUUGGCGGAGCCGGGAUUUGAACCCAUGACCCCUGACUCCAAAGCCCGGGCUCUUUCCACUGAGCCGCACCGCCGAUGGAGCCCAACCACCUGUCCGUGCGGGAGAUGCGGGAGGAGGAGAAGCCCAUCGUGCUGGAACUCCUGAAGGACGGCGUGAAGGACGCAGAGAACCGUCUGGCCCUGCAUGCGCUGACCAGGCCCCCGGCCCUGCUGGUCCUCGCCGCCCUGAGUAGCGGCCUUCGCUUCCUCCUGGCCUCCUUCCCCCUGGCCCUCCUCCUGCCCGUGCUGCUGGCCGUGGGGGGCCUCAAGAUGCUGCUGCGGAGAUGCUGGGGGACCCUGCCCGCCCCCGGGGGCUUGGGGGGUCCCUGGGUGGCGGUGCGGGGUGGGGAGGACGUGUGCGGAGUGGUGGCCCUGGCACCCCGGGGCCCCGCGGCGGUGGAGCUGACCCGCCUGGCGGUCUCCCGCUGGCACCGGCGCCGCGGCAUCGGCCUGCGCCUGCUGGGCUUCGCGGAGGGCCGGGCCCGGGCCCGGGGCGGGCAGCGGCUCGUCGUGCCCGUGGCCGCGGGGGCCAAGGGAGCGGCCGCACUGCUGGAGGCGAGCGGCUACCGGGCCCAGGAGGGCUGGGGCUGGCUGGGCUACACGUUUGUGCGGGAGUUCAGCAAGGACUUGUAGGAUCGGGGGCAGAGGACCGGCUCCGGCAAGGGCGAGGUGAUGGCGAGGGGCAGUGGCAAUUGCGGCGUUUCGUUUUUAAGCGCUCAAGCCCCGGGAUGGAUUCAGCGCAAUCAGAUAAUAACGAUAACAAAUGUGGUCUUUGUUAGGGGCUUCCGAGGUGCCAGGCACUGUACUAAGCGCUGGGGUGGAUACCAGCAAAUCGGUGCCUGUCCCUCCAGGGGCUCACAGUCUGAAUCCCCAUUUCGCGGAUGAGGUGACUGAAGCACAGGGAAGUGAAGUGACUCGCCCAAGGCCAUACAGCGGAUAAGCGGUGGAGCUG